AACUAUAAAAGGAGAUCACCCUCCAAAUCUCUCAUUCCCGGACGUUUCUAGGUUUUCUGAAUCGAUUCCCCAAAAUUCCAUCCCUGGAUUUUGCCAAUCCAUUACUUGCCUGAUCUUCGCUGACACUUCAUCUCUUUUCGGUUUUUGUUACCAUUUAUCAAACCAUUGUGCAAUUUGGGCGAUUUCUCACUGUGUUUAAAGGGAAGAAAAACAGGCGAGACUGUGCCAUAAAACUGGGUAUUUCAUUGAUUAUCUGUAAUUUCUGGGAACCUUAAAUGUAUCCAAACUUAACUUUGGAUAUUUUUGUUUGAAUUGAUACUUGACUUGAUGAGAAAGAAAAGGAAAGGAAGUGAAACUAAUGCAUCUCCGGAGGUAACCAACAAAUUUGCUUCGGCUUGUGAUUCGAGAUCAUCUAAUAUUAGGUCUCAUUUUUCUUUAGAAGAUUAUGCGAGGAUAAAAAAGAGGUGCAAGGAAGAUGUGGAUGCAGCUCCUGUUGGUUCGUGUAAAAGUAGACUUGCUGGCAUUGCUACUGCCCCACCUUGUGGUGCGUCCUCUUUGGUCCCUCUGGGAAGAGGUCUUAAGAGGAAGAUAGGUUGCAUUGAGCGAAUUACACUGAUUGGUGGCAAGAAAAGGAUCGAGGAUGAUUAUGUUAAAGGUGUUACAAUUGGUCAGGGGAAAUUUGGGUCAGUUUGGUUGUGCAGGUCUAGGACUAGCGGAGUAGAGUUUGCUUGUAAAACCUUGCUUAAGGGAGAGGAGACAGUUCACAAAGAGGUAGAGAUAAUGCAGCAUUUAUCUGGUUAUCCAGGGGUUGUGACUUUGCAGGCGGUGUAUGAGGAGCCAGACUACUUCCAUCUUGUAAUGGAAUUGUGCUCUGGAGGUCGUUUAAUUGACCAAAUGGCUGGAUGUCAGUUUUCAGAGCAACGUGCUGCUAAUAUUUUCAAAGAUGUGAUGUUAGUCAUUAAGUACUGUCAUGAGAUGGGAGUUGUGCAUAGAGAUAUAAAGCCCGAGAAUAUUCUCCUCACAACUUCAGGAAAGAUAAAGUUGGCAGAUUUUGGUCUUGCCAUGAGAAUUUCGAAUGGUCAGGUUUUGUCUGGUUUGGCUGGAAGUCCGGCUUAUGUUGCGCCUGAGGUUCUAUUGGGAAAUUAUUCUGAGAAGGUAGAUAUAUGGAGUGCGGGUGUGCUCCUACAUGUGCUUUUGGUUGGUGUUCUUCCGUUUCAAGGAGACUCCUUGAAGGCCGUAUUUGAGGCUAUAACUAACGCAAAGCUUGAUUUUCACUCGGGAAUAUGGGAAUCUGUAUCUAAACCUGCACGUGAUCUGCUUGCUAGAAUGCUGACCAGGGAUGUUUCAUCAAGAAUAACUGCUGAUGAAGCAUUGAGACAUCCGUGGAUAUUGUUCUACACUGAGCGCUCAUUAAAGACCUUAUCCAUCAAAUCAAAGUCGAAGAAUCAAGUAGGACUUUCCAUCCAAGUUUCCCAUUCUCCUGGAGCUGAAUUUAGUAUGAGUAGGAUAAAUGGUGGUUGCCAUACUCAGGGUCCACAACCAGUCUUAACAUGUCACAGCUCUAGCUGCAAAUCAGAGGAACAAGAUGAAAAUGGUCUGGUGGAUGUGCUUGCCGUGGCAAUUUCCCAUGUGAGGAUAUCUGAACCAAAGAGGACCAGACUUUGCAGUCCCACAGGACCUAUAGAGCAGCAGUGUUCAUCUAAUCUGACGGCUAACAACCUCUGUAGAGCCUUCUGAUCUGGUUGACAGUGCUAAUAUGAUUGUCAUCUCUACUGUUUUUCGAGCUUGGGACUUAGAAUUUAACUUAGUCCUCUUGCAAUUUCAGUGGCAGAUGAUGCUUAUGGUGGAUUAACUCAAGACAUCAAUCUAUCCCUUAUGGUGUUAUCGCUUGGCAAAGCUUUUUGGCUUCCAAGCCAUGCUGUUUUAACUAAAUAAUUGUUUUAGGAUGGAGAAAAUUGAUGUACAGAAUUGAUGUUUCUCCGCAGUUGUACAGGUGUGUGUGGAAGGCUUCACUCGAGAGUAACAUAGCUAAGUCUUGUAGAAAGUAUGCACAGGCUUACAAAGAUAUGUUUUAUAUUGAGUAAUAGCUCUGGAAGCAAUCUUAAUGGAUAGCAAAGACUUUAUUGUAAUGGGAAAACAAGGUUGAAAUUUACUAAU